AAUGAAGAAGAUGGAAGAACCAGGAAGAAUGGAGAAUGAGACGGUGUUUGUCCCUCAAGAAAUGUUAAUUGAAAUCCUGUUGAGGGUUCCGGUGAAGUCUCUGGUGCGAUUCAAGCGUGUGUGUAAGUCAUGGCAAUCUCUUAUAUCCGAUCCAUGUUUUGCAACAUCGCAUUUUGAAUUUUCUAGGGCACGCACCAAUAGGGUUUUGUUCUUUAAGCCUUCUGAUUCUAAUAUUCGAUCUAUGGACUUAGAUGCAUCAUUUGACGAUCACGAUGAUUCUGUUUCUGCUUCAUUAAAGCUUGGUUUUUUGCAUCCAAAGCAUGAUUUUCCUGUUCGAAUUAUGGGUUCCUGCAGAGGGUUUGUACUUUUGGAUUGUCAUCAAAAUCUCUAUAUAUGGAACCCAUCCACUGGUGUUCACAAAAAGAUAUCAGUGUCUAAUAGUUUGAAUGAAAAAUUUCUGUAUGGUUUUGGGUAUGAUUCAUCUAAGGAUGACUACUUGAUUGUUCUAGCAUCAUCUUCCCACUCAAACAAAGUUAAAUGGAAAAUUUUCUCAUUGAGAGAUAAUAUAUGGAAAAAAAUUAAGGGUAACCAUUUGCCCUCUAUAGAUGUCUUUGGUUAUCCCAGAUCCAGAGCCAUAGCCAGAGUGGGUUCACUGUUCAACUCGGCUAUUCAUUGGUUGGCUUUUAGUAAUGGUUUGUCCAAGAAUGUUAUUGUUGCAUUUGAUUUAGUGGAAAGGACUUUUUCAGAAAUGCUUCUGCCAGAGGAUACUUAUGCAUACUUUGACUAUGAUGAUGAUAUGUUACCUGAUUGGUCGCUUGGGGUACAUGAUGGAUUUCUCAGUCUGUUUAUUUCGGUGAAAGAUGUCGGUUUCGUUUGGAUAUGGGUAAUGAAAGAAUACGAAGUAAGCUCAUCUUGGGAAGUGGAAAGUUUCCUGAAAAUUAGUGCCUUUAACCCCAUAUGCUGUACAGAAAGUGGUGAUUUUGUUGGAAGAAAUGGUGGGGGAUUAGUGAAAUGUGAUCACAAGGGAAAGCCGCUAUCGCAUUGCUCCUAUUCAGUUGAUCCAUAUGGAUUCAAAGCGGCUAUGUAUACAGAAUCUCUGUUUUCACUUCCUUAAGAAGACACAGACAGUGAGCAAGCUGAAGAAGAUAGAAUGGCAUAUUUGACCGUGUCUGAGUCUUGACUGUUGCAAAUUCGUAGUUUUUAGUUUCACUUGCUGCUAGUGAAUAUUUGACCUUUGAAUUGCUGAACUUUCGGUCCCAUAUAAAGUUCUUUAAAGCUGCAUAAUUCGGUUACCUUGUAUGGUGAAUUAAAGCUGAAAUUGUUUUAGCAGUGCAUUGUCAUUGGUCACUGACUUGAUCUGUUAUAUA